CCCCCUUCUCUCUCUCUCUCUCUCUCUCAGAAAUUCCUUCUCAUCUCAAAUCUCAAAGCAAAAGCGCAAAACACCAAUAUGGUUGUCACACUUUUGUUCCCUUUAUGUAAAAUUCCAGUCUCCACCCGAUGCUUCCUUUGUCACGCCAUCAUCACUUCCUUGAAAGUCAAGCAAGGAUAACAGAAGAACUUAUACAACCCCCUCUCCUUCGUACUUUUUUUUGUUCUGAUCUCUCGAAUUCCCAAAAAGCGCGCUGACACAAACGCACGAGAGUGAGACCCACGGAGCGUGCCAACAAUGUCCAGUAUUUUCAGGGACAGGGCUUUGGGAUCCUCCAAAAGACAUAGCCAGUACCAGAGCCCCAUGCCGCAGCAGCAGCCCGUAUACCCGGUCGAAGGCCUGCCCUCCCCGUUCGACGACCUGGGCUCGAAUCUUUCGGACUCCGAGCUCCGAGAAACUGCUUAUGAGAUCCUCGUCGCCGCGUGUCGGAGCACCGGUACGCGGCCGUUGACCUACAUCCCGCAGUCGGAGAAAACCGAACGGGCUCCUGCGAUCUCGCAUUCGGCUUCGCUGCAGAGGUCGCUGACUUCGUCUGCGGCCAGCCGGGUGAAGAAGGCUCUGGGGCUGAAAACGUCGUCGGCUUCAAAGAGGAGAGUCGGUGGCGGUGACUCGGUGAGUCAAGGGCGAGGGAAGAAGGCGGUCACGGUUGGGGAGCUUAUAAGGGUCCAGAUGAGGGUUUCAGAGCAAACCGAUUCGAGAAUUAGGAGAGCUCUUCUGAGGAUCGCUGCUGGGCAGCUUGGAAGACGAAUGGAGUCGGUGGUUUUACCACUCGAGCUAUUACAGCAGUUCAAGUCUUCCGAUUUUCCAAGUCAGCAAGAAUAUGCGGCUUGGCAAAGGAAAAAUUUGAAGGUUCUGGAAGCAGGACUUCUCCUGCAUCCUCACCUGCCGCUAGAGAAGACUAACUCCGCCUCACAACAGCUCCAGCAGAUUAUUCGCGGGGCCCCGGAGAAGCCCCUAGAAACUGGAAAACACAACGAGUCAAUGCAAGUCUUGCGUAGUAGUGUUAUGUCUCUUGCUUGCAGAUCAUUUGACGGGUCUGCGACUGAGACAUGUCAUUGGGCGGAUGGGUUUCCAUUGAACCUCAGGCUCUACAAAAUGCUGUUAGAGGCAUCUUUUGAUAUAAAUGAAGAUACAUCUAUUAUUGAAGAGAUUGAUGAGGUUUUAGAACUCAUUAAGAAGACCUGGGUAGUCCUCGGAUUGAACCAAAUGCUGCAUAAUCUUUGUUUCUCAUGGGUUUUAUUCCACCGUUAUGUUGCAACUGGCCAAGUGGAAAAUGACCUGCUGUUUGCAUCCAAUAGUCUAUUGAUUGAAGUUGAAAAAGAUGCCAAUGAAAUAAGGGAUCCUGUUUCGUCAAAGAUUUUGACCUCUAUAUUGAGUGUGAUAUUAGGCUGGGCGGAGAAACGGCUUCUUGCUUACCACGACAAUUUCCACAGCGGUAAUGUUGAAUCAAUGCAAAGUGUUGUCUCUCUAGGGUUAUUAUCAGCAAAAAUAUUGGUGGAAGAUCUCUCUUAUGAGUAUCGUAGGAACAGGAAAGAAGUUAGUGUCACAUGUGAAAGGGUUGAAACUUAUAUAAGAUCAUCACUUCGCACUGCUUUUGCUCAGAAAAUGGAGAAGGUGAACUCAAGGAAGCAUAUAUCUAAGAACCAGAAGGGUUCUCUUCCUGCCCUUUCCAUCCUUGCACAAGACACUAGCAAACUGGCUCUAAAUGAGAAAGAGAUUUUUAGUCCAAUAAUGAAGAGGUGGCACCCUUUUGCAGCAGGUGUUGCUGUAGCUACCCUUCAUUCUUGCUAUGGAAAUGAGCUGAAGCAAUUUAUUACGGGUAUUAGUGAGUUGACUCCUGAUGCGAUAGAAGUCCUGAGAGCUGCUGACAAAUUGGAGAAAGAUCUUGUGCAGAUUGCAGUUGAAGAUGCUGUAGACAGCGAGGAUGGUGGGAAGUCCAUUAUACGAGAGAUGCCUCCUUAUGAGGCUGAAGCUGUAGUUGCCAAUCUGGUAAAGUCAUGGAUAGAGACAAGAGUGGACAGACUGAAGGAGUGGACUGAUAGGAAUCUGCAACAGGAGGUCUGGAGUCCACAAGCCAACAAAGAGCGAUGUGCUCCUUCUGCUGUUGAAGUUCUACGAAUCAUAGACGAAACUUUAGAAGCAUACUUUCUGUUACCGAUUCCCAUGCAUGCGGUCUUGCUUCCAGAAUUGAUGACUGGUUUUGACAGAUGUCUUCAACAUUACAUAUUGAAGGCCAAGUCUGGCUGUGGGACACGAAGUACUUAUGUUCCAAGUUUGCCUGCUUUGACUAGAUGCUCAACAGGAUCAAAGUUCCACGGCGUAUUCAGAAAGAAGGAAAAAUCACAAAUUACACAGAAGAGGCUGGUUGGAACUUCAAAUGGGGAUAACUCCUUCGGGAUACCCCAGCUUUGUGUUCGCCUAAAUACCUUGCAGCAAAUCCGAACGGAAUUGGGAGUACUGGAGAAGAGAAUACUUGCAGAUCUUGAAAAUGCUGAAUGCACUCUGAGUUACGAUAUUGCAAAUGGGACAGGGAAAAGGUUUGACCUUUCAGCAACUGCUUGCGUGGAAGGGAUCCAACAACUCUGUGAGGCAAUAGCAUAUAAAAUCAUCUUCCAUAACUUAAGUCAUGUUCUCUGGGAUGGCUUAUAUGUCGGGGAAGUUUAUUCUUGUAGGAUUGAACCAUUCCUUGAGGAGGUCGAGCAAUAUUUAGAGAUUAUUUCAUCGACAGUGCAUGACAGAGUCAGAACUAGGGUCAUUACUGACAUAAUGAAAGCUUCUUUUGAUGGGUUCCUGUUGGUUCUGCUUGCUGGGGGCCCUUCUCGUGCUUUCACUCAUAAAGAUUCUGAAAUGAUAAAGGAGGAUUUUAAGUUGCUCACGGAUCUAUUUUGGUCCAAUGGGGAUGGAUUGCCAGCUGAUUUAAUUGAUAAGUUUUCAACCACAGUUAAAAAUAUUCUUCCUCUACUUGGUACUGACACAGAGAGCCUAAUCGAGCAAUUUAAACAUCUAAUUCUUGAGAGUUUUGGUUCUGCAAACUCUAAGCUUCCAUUGCCUCCGACUUCAGCUCAAUGGGAUCCAACUGAACCAAACACGAUUUUGCGAGUUUUGUGUUAUCGGAAUGAUGAGAUGGCUGCAAAGUUUCUUAAGAAGACUUACAAUCUGCCCAAGAAACUAUAACUGCUUUGGGUUCUGAAAAUAAUGACUGAAUGAUGCAUUCAUGGGCACGAAAUACUGCACGGUUACUUCAAGCUUUGCCGGUGUUUAUUAUACCAACUGGAAGUUAAUUUUCCAAACAUGUAUUUUCCAUUGUGGCUUCUGGCAGGGUUGAGCUAGUUGGAGGAAAAGUAUAGCUCUAGCCUCUUGUAUAGUGAUUUGUUGACUGCUUUAGAUUUAAUUAGAGCCUUUGCCAGUCAGUUGUGAGAUCUCGAGGGAAUGGUGGACUUGCUCCUUGGCUUAUGAUUAAUAAGCUUGGGUAUCUAUAAUACACUUGGAAGGGUGCGGAUAUGGGUUUCAGUCCUUCCCAUAAGCUACUCGGAAGCCAACUCUUCUGUCCAAACUGCCACAAAAGUUUUCGCUGGAUAUGGUGGGGUUCUUCUCCCUUUUGUUUGAUUUUUAUUUCUAAUGUCUUAUACCGCAUAUGAUGACACAGUGCAAAAUAGAAAAAGGUUUGAUGAUAGGAAAGUAUUGUUUCUUGCUUCAGGGUAUGUGUAUCAGGUAGUUUGUUGUCAGAUGUAGUAUCAUCUGUACAAUUUAAUAUUUAAAAUUAUUACCAAUAAUGAGAAUUUAUUGUUGGAGCA